UGUGUGUGUGUUUUUGUGUGCAGAUCAAUCAAUGUAAAAUAGGCUGAACCAAUUGUUUGACAGCAUUCAAGUUGUAGCUUUAAGUUCAAGUCCAAGUCCAAGUCAAAAAUGCAAAACAAACACGAAAAUUUCACAGAUAUUGCGCGUGGAUGCCACCAGAAGUGAGGCACAAAUUAGCGAUAGUACAGCUGCAACAACAACUACAGCAACUGUAACAGAAGCAGCUGAAACCACAACUGCAACUGCAACUGCAACUGCAUCUAGUCCCGCCAGUUCCACAGCAGAUCUAGAGAUGUAUGCUACCACGGGCGGCACACAGAUUUAUCUACAGACCUCACAUCAGAACAGCACUGGCCCCACCCAACAGAGCUCGUUGCAAGCGCAGAGUCCCAGUCCGGGUCCGUACAUCACGACCGAUAGCUAUGGCAUGUAUACGGCCACCCGACUGCCUCCCGGUCCCCCGCCCACAACGACCUUCAUAACGGAGCCCUAUUAUCGGGAGUACUUUGCACCCGACGGCCAAGGUGGUUACGUUCCCGCUGGUACCGCUCGCAGUCUCUACGGCGAGGAUGUUUCUGUCUCGGCGGCGACGCAGGCGCAACCCGUUGGCGGUGUCUAUGAGGCGCGCUUUACAAGCAAUGCGCCCACCACAACCACAGUGCUUACCAGCAGUAAUGCACACCAUCACAGUCAACAACAACAACAGCAGCAGCAACAACAGCAACAGCAGCAGCAACAACAACAGCAAGAACAGUCGGUGAAAAACGGUGGUACACCUUUAUAUGCCAAAGCCAUAACGGCAGCGGGUCUCACUGUGGAUCUACCGAGUCCCGAUUCGGGCAUUGGCACGGAUGCCAUCACACCGCGGGAUCAGAAUCACAUACAGCAGUCCUUCGACUAUACGGAACUUUGCCAGCCGGGCACCCUGAUCGAUGCCAAUGGCAGCAGCAUACCCGUCUCGGUGAACAGCAUCCAACAGCGCACAGUGGUGCACGGCAGCCAGAAUAGUCCCACCACAUCACUGGUGGAUACCAGCACAAAUGGCUCGACUCGCUCGAGGCCCUGGCACGAUUUCGGCCGUCAAAACGAUGCUGAUAAAAUCCAAAUACCAAAAAUCUUCACAAAUGUGGGCUUUCGAUAUAAUCUGGAGAGUCCGAUUAGCUCGUCCCAGCGUCGUGAGGACGAUCGCAUCACCUACAUCAAUAAGGGGCAGUUCUAUGGCAUCACCCUGGAGUAUGUGCACGAUGCGGAAAAGCCAAUCAAGAAUACAACAGUUAAGAGUGUGAUCAUGUUAAUGUUUCGCGAGGAGAAGAGCCCCGAAGAUGAGAUAAAGGCCUGGCAAUUCUGGCACAGUCGUCAGCAUUCCGUAAAGCAAAGAAUCUUGGAUGCAGACACUAAGAACUCGGUUGGUCUCGUUGGCUGCAUUGAGGAAGUGUCGCACAAUGCCAUUGCCGUCUAUUGGAAUCCGCUCGAGAGCUCUGCCAAGAUCAACAUUGCCGUACAGUGUCUCAGCACGGAUUUCAGCAGUCAAAAAGGUGUCAAGGGUCUGCCGCUGCACGUACAAAUCGAUACAUUCGAGGAUCCGCGAGAUGCGACGGUCUUCCAUCGGGGCUACUGUCAGAUAAAGGUCUUCUGCGAUAAGGGUGCGGAACGCAAGACACGGGAUGAGGAGCGACGUGCGGCAAAGCGCAAGAUGACAGCAACUGGACGCAAGAAGCUGGAUGAGCUGUAUCAUCCGGUGACGGACCGUUCCGAGUUCUAUGGCAUGCAGGAUUUGGGAAAGCCGCCGGUGCUGUUCUCGCCCGCCGAGGAUAUUGAGAAGGUAACAACAACAACAGCGACAGUAACAACAAUUGCUAGUUGCAUGCCACAACAACAUGAACAAGAACCACAUUAUGAACAACAACAACUACAACUACACUCAAUUGCUUGUGCCCCACAGAGCUUCUAUGGCCACGAGACUGACUCGCCGGAACUGAAGGGCGCCUCACCAUUCUUGUUGCACGGCCAAAAGGUUGCCACGCCCACGCUCAAGUUUCACAAUCAUUUUCCGCCCGACAUGCAGACUGACAAGAAGGAUCAUAUAUUGGAUCAGAGUAUGUUAACCAGCACACCGAUGUCCGACUUUGGGCCACCGAUGAAACGUGGACGAAUGACGCCACCAACCACGGAGCGUGUCAUGUUGUAUGUGCGGCAGGAGAACGAGGAGGUCUACACGCCCCUUCAUGUGGUGCCGCCCACCACAAUUGGCCUGCUCAAUGCGAUUGAAAACAAAUACAAAAUCUCAACAACGAGCAUAAAUAACAUUUAUCGCACAAAUAAGAAGGGGAUUACGGCGAAAAUUGACGAUGAUAUGAUAUCAUUCUACUGCAACGAGGACAUUUUCUUGCUGGAGGUGCAACAAAUCGAGGAUGACCUGUACGAUGUCACGCUCACAGAGCUGCCCAAUCAGUAGUUGUUGCUCUCAAAUCUACACACAGCCCCCACACCCCCCAGACACACCCCCAAGACACACAAAUCUACACACACAAAAUGUGGACACAAUUUUGCUAACAAACAAGUUGUUUCAAUAAGCCAUUUUUUAUAUAUAUAUAUAAAACAUAAGUUAGAAUUAAAGAAUCGUAAUAUGAGUAUGUAUAUCGAUAAAAAAAAAAAAGAAGGAAGAAGAAGAAGAAAACUGAACAAAUCGAACAAUCGAAUCGGCACAGCAUCGAUAACAAUAUACCGUUAGCUGGCUGCAUGAUAUUUGUUUUUUGUUUGUUUAGUUAUUUUAGUAACAAUGAGAUUACAACAAUUCUUUAACAAAUUUCAAUGCUGUAAUUAAGUGAAAUUAUCAGAUACAUCAGAUAGAUAUAUCUAUAUAUAUAUAUUUCUUUAAUAAUUAUUAAGUAAAUUACAACAAGAAUAGAGUGCAAAAUGUCUGUCCAGUAAAACAUAAGUUCGCUUCUUUUAAACCCCCUCCUAGUAGACCAUAGGUCCCGCCCUCUUUAACUCUCUAUUCUCCCCCCAUCUUUCUCUAAAUAUAUAUAUAUAUUGUAACUGAUAAAUCAAGCUAAUAUAUUGUACUCGUCUUAAGUCAUCUUUUAUUAUUGUUAAAUAUAAAACCAACUACAAAAAUUGUAAUAUUUCAAAUUGUUCAUUUCAAUUUUAAUUGUUUGUUCUACGCCCAUGCCCACGUCCACGCCUACGCCCUAUUGCCCUUUGACCUUGUUGUUUGUGGCUAUAACCGUAUAUAUAAAUAUUUAAGAAUGUUGAAAUAUCUAGGAUCUCUGCUGAACAAAAAGAAAGGAAAGAAAGAACACAAACAAAUUAAUUAAUUUAUUAAUUAAUAUUCAAUGUUUGCUUCCGAAUGCCUAGAACAAAACGAGCAAAAGAUGAGAAAGAAAAAAUACUUGUAAUCAUAUAAAUAAAUAAAAUAUGAAAUGUUUAUGAAAUGCUAAAAACAACAGCACUUUAAAGUAAUUAAAUCUUAGUUUAUUAAGUCGCUCUGCAAUAAAACAUGUUGAUACAAAUCUUAAUUAAGUUCAUGUUAAGCUAAAAGAAAAACAAAAACUAAAAAUUGAAAAAAAAAACAAAACAAAACAAAACAAACCUAAACAAUUGUGUGCAUUUGUUGUAAAACAAAAAAAAUCUAUAAAAUAAUCAACGAAAUGAAAAUGGUUGAUACAAAA